CCUAACGACAACCACGAGACAUCUCGAAUGAGUCCCACGGGCUCAGCCGGUCUUUGUCCCUCCUGCGGUUUUGUACCGUCCUAUCGGGAAAACGCAUCCGUGUCCACCCUCCUUCGAACGAAUGCGACUCCGCCUCACCCGCAACAACUGGAGACUGCCAUCUCUGCAGCAUCGAUAGAGCUUGGACGCUAUGAUGACGCGAUUCAACAUCUUCACCGCCGGGCCCAGAGCCUACAAACAGAACGCGAUGAGCUGGCGAGGCACGUUGCGGCAUACCGCAGUGUGUUCUCGCCUAUCCGUCGACUCCCGGACGAGCUGCUGCUGUUGAUAUUGGAGAUUGUUGUGUCAGAAGAUCAGCCUCGUCACCGUUCUUCCCAUGGCAACUGGCAGCAGUCGAUGGCGCUGCUUGCAGGAGCUCAUAUACAUCGCCUGGCUGGAGUCUGCCCUAGAUGGCAUGGUAUCAUCAUGAAUGCCCCAUCCGUGUGGGACACCAUUGCCUUCAAUACCCUGGGUCUCUACAGGCGGAAAUCCUCUGUCGAGCGGUGCAGUUCGGAGCUUCAAACUGUUUUGUCCCGCAGUGCUCAGCGUCCGUUGACGAUCCAGAUCUGCAAUAUGGACGAGAGCAUCGACGCGUGCGAACAUAGAUACAUGGCGACUCUGCUCCAACUGGUUGCCCAACACUCUGAGCGCUGGAGCGAUGUAUCGCUCGAGCUCUAUUUCAUGGCAGAUCUACCGGCGAGCCUCAUGAGGUCCUGGAGAAACUGUGUCCCUCGGCUGCAAUCGCUCACUCUCUACGGCUCAACAAUAUGCAAGACCGAGUGGUCCACAUUCGAAGGGUUUCGAAAUGCACCGGCGCUCAGAAGUCUAUCCUUCAGGGGAGAUCUUAACGACCUGCCGACACAAAUUCCUUGGGAUCAAAUCACUUCGCUUGAGUACACCCCCGCUUUCUGGGACUUCGGACUGCGAGAUUGCCUCCUGCUCGCACCGCCCUUGCAGGCCCUUGCUCCGGGAGCCCUGUUCAAGGUCUUUGCUGUUCUCCGCAAUAUGGAGGGGUCGGAUGGUCCUAUCGACCCGAUACAGUCUCAAAUCGGCACACUUGAUCUAUUCAUAAACGUUGACGAUGAGAUACCGCGCGCCCGCCGAUACCCCGUCUCGCGCAUCCUGAACUUCUUCACGACACCACGCCUGACGGAGCUCGUGUUGCUGACGCGCCACGGACAGCUCGAUGACGCUGACCUUACUGGCUUUGCUGUACGUUCCGGGCUGGGGGCCUCGCUGACUCAGUUGUCGAUCUCAGCCAUCAUCUCUGACACAACACUGCUAACCCUCCUUCCCAUCCUCCCAAGUCUCCAGGGCCUCGCUGUUGCUGACCGUUUGACACACGCCGUCGUGACCGAUCGGCUGCUGGAGGGCUUGACAGCCGUGCAGGGGGAAGGAGAUUGCGUUUUGGCUCCGCAGCUCAGGCGUGCCAAGUUUGUAACGAACAUGGAGUUCCAAAUGCCCCUCUUGUACGCUUUCGUCGACCAACGCACAGCAAGUCGACCUCAAGGCGUAUUUACGCUGACAAUUUCGUCGAAAAGCAUCAGGUGGAUGAUGAAGGAGAACCUUUUCGCUGAGUUGGAGGAGAGGUACAAAGACUCGGAGAGGGUGGAGAUAGAUAUCACGAAGUAUGAUAGACUCGCGAUAUAG